AUGAUUCCACGCUCCCUAGGCAGGCUUCAACCUCGACUCGAUAAGUUCAAAAUAGAUUCUCUCGUCAGCUCAGCACUGUGGUCAUCAAGUCCCGCAGCCAAAUCCCACGGAGAUAAAAGGGUUCUCGGAACAUCGUCUCUUCCUAAGACCAUCGGCUUCGUGGUAUCUAUCCCAUCGAGUGGCUCAACAACGUCUCCCAACCUUCCGACGCCCUUUGUCGCUCAACCAGCACAUGUAUUAUUCAUUCUAUUUCAAAAUCUCGCCCGAGUGUUGGUCGGAAUCGUCGAGUGUGUCGGAAUUGGGUCGUCGAGCUCGGGGCAAACGCUUGCUGCGCUGUGA